AUGCGAGGCUCCAAACUGGAACACAGAACAAUACUGUUCUGCAUUUUUGAUAAGCUUCUUCAUUAUUUGAAACAUGUCCGUUUUAUAACCACUGGAGGUGAAGAGUUGUCAUUUGAUCAAUACGGUGAUCCCCCAGCUCGAUAUGACAUAAUGAACUGGCAGAUUUCUUCAGAUGGCAUCAGUAAAUUUGUCAGGGUGGGCACCUUUGAUGAUAAUGGUAGUGGAGGACAGCAGCUGGUUAUGAAUAACCGUGCCAUUCAGUGGAAUGAGUUAUUCAGUCAGGUUACAGCUUUUUAUGCUGCAGUGCUUCAGAAAAUGCUGAAAAAGGUUCUAGUGCAGGAUCACUUACUGAAAGAUGCUGCAUUAGUUAUUAAUCUGGCCCCAAAAUUGGACAUUUCUUCGGGACUUGUCAGGGAUGUUGGUUUCCAUCUGGAUGUGUGUGAAAUUGAUGCUGAGGUUGAACAAUUAAUUGAAGAGUUUACCCAAUAUCAGAUUGAGGACACGGGGAAUCUGACAGGCACAGUAGAUGGGCCCUACUCAUGUGUGCCAAAGUACUGGGCACACCUUCUGAAGGUCCUUUGUACUCAAGGAAAACUGCCACUCUUUAAGCAGCUGAUGAUGAGUUUACUUUGCUUGCCAGACUCAAAUGCACAAGUUGAAAGAGCAUUUAGCUUGAACUUCCUGACACUGGAUGCCACUGAAUGCAUCAAAUGCCCAGAAGAUCAAUGGGCUGGCAGCAAUCACUUACACUGUAUUGCAAAAGAAGUUGAAUUUUUAUCCUUUGAAGAACCUCUUGGAAUAACAUUAUCAGCCAUUUCAACAUCCUUUAGUUUUAUCACUGUGUUCAUAUUCUGCAUCUUCAUUAAGAAUCGUGACACUGCAAUAGUGAAAGCAAACAAUUGUGAACUGAGCUUUAUUCUUUUGUUUGCACUAAUGUUAUGUUUCCUCUGCUCCUUGGUAUUUAUUGGUAAACCACUGAAAUUCAACUGUAUGUUCUGACAACCUGCAUUUGGAAUCAUAUUUUCCCUAUGUGUAUCUGUUAUAUUAGCAAAAACAACCACUGUAGUUAUUGCUUUUAGUGCUACAAAGCCCAACAGUAAGUUACAAAACUGGCUUGGAUCCAAGACACCUAUCUUCAUAGUUGUUGUAUGCACUAGUGUUCAAGGGCUUAUAUGUACUUGCUGGAUAGCUUUAUAUCCAUCUUUUCCACAGAUGAACAUGGCAUCUCAAGAAACCAAAAUAAUAAAUGAAUGUAAUGAAGGCUCUAUAACUGCUUUCUAUGUUGUUCUGGGAUACCUUGGCAUUCUGGCAACCGUGAGUUUCAUUGUAGCCUUUUUUGCAAGGAAGCUACCUGACAGCUUCAAUGAGGCCAAAUUCAUCACUUUUAGCAUGCUUGUAUUUUGCAGUGUUUGGUUGUCUUUCAUCCCAGCCUACCUGAGCACUAAAGGAAAAUAUAUGGUUGCUGUAGAAAUAUUUGCCAUAGUAGCAUCUAGUAUGGGACUGCUUGGCUGCAUAUUUUUCAAUAAGUGCUACGUUAUUGUACUACAGCCUCAGCUAAACACAAGGGAGCACUUGAUAGGAAAGAGAACUGCAAUUCGUUAAAGAAAAAAAAUUAUAAAGGAAAUCAUACCCACAUUGCAGUUAACUGAACACACUUUAAG